AUGGCGACGGCGGGGAGCCGGACCUCGUCCUCGUCGUCGGGAACUGUAGAGUCAAAUAACGGCACAAACGUUGGAAGCGGACCUCAGGGAAGUUUGUCUACCCCAGGUCUCCCAAGUAGUCCCGGGAAGUCGAAGAGAAGCACCGGGGAAAAUUCACAAUGGAGACGUAAAGAGCUGCGGAAAGUGAGAAGUGUGGAUCUGGAUAAACCCGAGGUGCUGCUCCUAUCUCCCGAGACCGGGACAGCUCCGAUAUCAGCGCAGCUGCACUUCUUGUCUGUUUCCUCGCCCGGUGCUGUUCAAGCUACUUUGUUGCAACAGACGCAUCAUAUUCAACAAAGUGACUCAUUAACUGGUGACAUUCUCUUUGAUAAAGCAAGCAAUAGUUUGUCCACUGCCGCUCAGGAAUUGUUGAAAACUUCAUUUAAAAACAGCAGCGACCAUCUCAACGCCGAUAAUGGUGCUACCGGAACUUCAGUGGAAGUGACUGCAAAACAGCAAAUUUGCAGCCGAGACAUGGAGAACAAGGACACGCUACGGGGCCUGCAGAAGAUGGACAACCGGCCUGAGGAGAGCAUGAUCCGCGAGAAGCUCAAGGUCACCUGCAUGCCCACCUGGAAGCACGAGUGGCUGGAGCGGAGGAACCGCCGAGGCCCUGUGGUGGUCAAGCCCAUCCCACUGCGGCCCGAUGGCAGCGAGGCCGGGCAGGCCGGCUGCGAGGGGUCCCAGGCCUCCGCAGGCUCCUCCCCACAGAGCAGGGGCCGCCGCAGCCCCUCCCCAGGGCCCUCCUCCUCCUCGUCGUCCUCCUCCACCUCGACCUCGGCCAACGGCAAGCUCAGCGGAAAGCCUGAUUCCCCCGGUGUGAGGAGGAAGAGGGCAUCCCCAGUGCCGUUCCAGAGCGGGCGAGUCACACCACCUCGCAGGGCUCCCUCUCCAGAUGGCUUCUCGCCUUACAGCCCAGAGGAGACCAGUCGCCGGGUCAACAAGGUCAUGAGGGCCCGCCUCUACCUGCUGCAGCAAAUAGGACCCAACUCCUUCCUGAUUGGAGGAGACAGCCCUGACAACAAAUACAGAGUGUUCAUUGGUCCACAGACUUGCAGCUGUGGCCGAGGCGCGUUCUGCAUCCAUGUCCUCUUCGUCAUGCUCCGAGUGUUCCAGCUGGAGCCCUCCGACCCUCUGCUCUGGAGGAAGACCCUCAAAAACUUUGAGGUGGAGAGUCUGUUCCAGAAGUACCACAACCGGCGCAGCUCCCGGAUCAAGGCGCCCUCACGCAACACCAUCCAGAAGUUUGUGUCACGCAUGUCCAACUCGCACACCACCUGUCCUUCCAGCACCUCCGCCUCCAGCACGGAGAGCAGCAUGAAAGAUGAGGAGGAGCAGAUGUGUCCGAUCUGUCUGUUGGACAUGUUGGACGAGGAGAGCCUGACUGUGUGUGAGGAGGGCUGCAGGAACAAGCUGCACCACCACUGCAUGUCUAUCUGGGCAGAGGAAUGCAGGCGAAACCACGAAACGCUGAUCUGCCCUCUUUGUCGAGCCAAGUGGAAGUCCCAUGAUUUUUACAGCCAUGACCCAUCCUCCUCCGUGGAGGGCUCCUCCAGCCGCACCCAAAGCCAGGCCUCCUCGGCGGCCCACAGCGAGAGCCCGCGCCUGGGCCAGCCGGAGGGUGACUUCACCCUGCCCCACUACGGCGUGCAACAGAUCCCACAGACCUACAAAGAGCUGGCCGAGCCCUGGAUCAAGGUCUUUGGCAUAGAGCUGGUGGGCUGCCUCUUCUCACGGAACUGGAACAUCCGGGAGAUGGCACUGCGGCGGCUGUCGCACGACGUGAGCGGCGCUCUACUGCUGGCCAAUGGGGAGCGCUCGCUGGGCGGAGGGGCCAGCGGAGGAGGAGGUGGAGGCGGUGGUGGCGGAGCAGGAGGAGGGACAGGAAGUUGCGGGGAGGUGUCCGGCGAGGUGGUGGUGGAGUCCUGCUGCAGCGUCCUCUCCAUGGUGUGCGCUGACCCUGUCUAUAAGGUCUACGUGGCCGCUCUGAAAACCCUGCGGGCUAUGCUGGUGUACACCCCCUGCCACUCACUGGCCGAGCGCAGCCGACUGCAGCAGCUCCUCAGGCCCGUGGUGGAGACCAUCCUGGUCAAGUGUGCCGACGCCAACAGGUACCUUCACCGACCGGAUACCAGCCAACUGUCUGUGUCCACUCUGCUGGAGCUGUGCAAAGGGCAGAUGGGGGAGCUUGCGGUGGGAAGAGAGAUCCUCAAAGCAGGGUCCAUAGGCAUCGGUGGGGUGGACUACGUCUUAAACUGCAUCCUGGGCUCCCAGACGGAGUCCACUAACUGGCAGGCCCUGCUUGGCCGUCUGUGCCUGAUCGACCGGCUACUGCUGGAGUUCCCCGCCGAGUUCUACCCUCACAUCGUCUCGGCCGGAGACUGCAACCAGUCGCAGAACCUGGGGGAGAGGUACCAGAAGCUGCUGCCACUGCUGAGCUUCGCGUUGCAGUCCAUCGACAACUCCCACUCCAUGGUGGGCAAGCUGUCGCGCCGCGUCUUCCUGAGCGCGGCGCGCAUGGUGGCCCGCGUGCCGCACGUCUUCCUCAAGCUCCUGGACAUGCUGAGCGCCACCAGCUCCACCCAUUAUGCCCGCAUGCGCCGCCGCCUGCUCGCCAUCGCCGAGGAGAUGGACAUCCUGGAUGCCAUCCACCUGGGCCUGGAGGAGCUGCAGGCGACCCGAGAGCUUUGAGCCGGGGGCGCCGCCCGCCGGGCCGGGAUGCGGUGCGCCACUUCGCCGCCCGACGGCCCCGCCCGCCCACAACUUCGCCCGAGCAGCGCGACGGAGUGCAACUCGCCGGCCCACACCGUGCAGCUGAAUGCGGCAGGCAAGCAGAGGGGAAGAGCCCAUCAGCAUCAGCACCAGCAGCAUCAGCACCAGCAGGGAUGUCCUGCUAGGAACUCAGCAGCUGCAGCAGCGGCGGGGGUUCCCGAGGACGUCCUGGCGGAGCGUCUGGCGGCCAUGUCGGCCGGCGCCCCCCCAGCGGAGUACCCAAAGCCCCCCGUGCAGGCCAGAGGCCGGCCGCAGAGCCAGUGUCUCAACUCGCCGUCUUCCUCUGGUCAGUCUCAGCCGAGUCCGGCGCUCCUGCCCUCCCCCUCUGCCCCCCAUACCCCCGCCUUCCCCACGGACGCCCCCAGCCCCAAGACUGCCCCCAGGGGCCUGCCGGGCUUUGUGCCCAGCAAGCUAGGGGCCGGCGCCUCGCCUGGCGCCCAGCGCAAGUACCCGUUGCAGAAGCAACCAGGAGCGGGCGGCAGCGGCGGCAGCAGCGGUGCCGCCAGCAGUAAAGACACAGAGAAAGACCCGUCAGCCGUGUUCACCCAGUCUCGCCCGCUGCCCUCCAGCCAGAUCCACAGACCAAAACCCUCUCGGCCCGCACCCUCUGAGGGCACUGGCGCCAGCGGCAAGCCCAUCUGCCCACCACCGGCCAAGGGCAGCUUGAAGCUGGAACUGCAUGACUCCGCGCUGGCCGCCUCCGGCCCCGGAGCCGCCGAGGCGUCGUUGUCGUCGUCGUCGCCGAUGUCCGCCUCGGCCUCUGGCCCCGCGGGCGCCGGCACGCUCAUCCCCAGCGAGGACACAGUCUUCACGCCGGUGGAGGAGAAGUUCCGCGGGCUGGACGCCUCCGCCGAGCUCAACUCCAGCAUGGAGGACCUGCUGGAGGGCACCAUCAUGCCAAACGCCGGCGAGGGCACGGUCACCUUCCAGUCCGAGGUGGCCGUGCUGUCCCCGGGUGAGCAAGGGGGCACCCGGGGUAACUCUAGCAGCAGUAGUAGCGGCAGUGGCGGAGGAAGCGCCACCCGCGGCACCUACACGGACGACGUGGCGCAGCACCAGAAGUGCAAGGAGAAGAUGGAGGCGGAGGAAGAGGAGGCGUUGGCCAUAGUCAUGGCCAUGUCGGAGUCACAGGACGCCCUUCCCAUCAUCCCCCAGCUGCAGGUGGACAAGGGAGAGGACGUCAUCAUCAUCCAGGCAGAUACGCCGGAGACGCUACCUGGCCAUACCAAAGCGAAGCAGCCCUACCGGGAGGGGCAGGAGUGGCUGAAGGGUCAGCAGAUCGGCCUGGGGGCCUUCUCUUCCUGCUACCAGGCGCAGGACGUGGGCACCGGCACUCUCAUGGCUGUCAAACAGGUUACGUACGUGCGCAACACGUCGUCGGAGCAGGAGGAGGUGGUGGAGGCUCUGCGAGAAGAGAUCCGUAUGAUGGGCCACCUCAACCACCCCAACAUCAUCCGCAUGCUGGGCGCCACCUGUGAGAAGAACAACUACAAUCUUUUCGUGGAGUGGAUGGCAGGUGGCUCCGUGUCGCACCUCCUGAACAAGUACGGGGCCUUCAAAGAGGCUGUGAUCAUCAACUACACCGAGCAGCUGCUCAGAGGGCUGGCCUACCUCCACGAGAACCAGAUCAUCCACCGGGACAUCAAAGGUGCCAACCUACUUAUUGACAGCACCGGGCAGAGGUUGCGGAUAGCAGACUUUGGAGCGGCUGCCCGGCUGGCCUCCAAGGGAACAGGUGCAGGAGAGUUUCAGGGCCAGCUGCUGGGAACCAUCGCCUUCAUGGCCCCAGAGGUGCUGAGGGGACAGCAGUACGGGCGCAGCUGUGACGUCUGGAGCGUGGGAUGUGCCAUCAUCGAGAUGUCCUGUGCCAAGCCACCCUGGAACGCUGAGAAACACUCAAACCACCUGGCUCUUAUAUUCAAGAUUGCCAGCGCCACCACAGCCCCCACCAUCCCCCCUCACCUGUCGCCGGGGCUACGUGACGUGACGCUGCGCUGUCUAGAACUCCAGCCGGCUGACCGCCCUGCCUCCAGGGAACUGCUCAAGCACCCUAUGUUUCGCCUCAACUGGUAGCAGACCCCCCCCAACGUCUACCCCAAAUCCUAAAACCCUCAUCCCAAGUCCCCUUUAACCCUCAUCCUAACACAUAUCAUCCCUUAGCCCACCACAUGUAUGGAGAUACUACUGAAGGCCCCCUCCUCUAGCCUGCUGCCCCCACAUCCCUAACCUCACACCUCUCCUUGUCCCCCUUGCACACGCAUGCAUACACAUACAUGCACGCAUACACACACACACUGCUUUGGUCGCUGUGCCCAGGGACACACAGCCACACAGGGAACAUGGCCUCCGCCGAAGGACCCGGGUACCUUUUUUUUUGCAACACACAUCGACACACGCUAACACACCGACAGACACACACUCUCUCAGACACACACA